AUGGGCGCCGGGCUCCGGCCGGGCGCCAAGCCGAGGCGGAAGAGACCCAAGCCGCCGGUGAUGUGGUCGAAGCCGGUGCGCGGCAGCAAGCGGCUGGCGGUGGUGCUGGCGGGCAGGGAGGACCUGGACGAGGCGGGCGCCCUCUGCAUCAAGGUGUUCUUCGGGCAGCCCGACAGCCCGUGGAAGGCCGCGCAGCUCCGGCAGCUGCUGCACGAGCAGCGGCAGGACCUGGAGUCGAGGUGCAGCCGCAGGGAGAGCGUGAUGUUCAAGGCCAUCGACACCAGGCGCAAGGACGGAAUGGUCGGGUUUGUGGAGGUGUCCGAGACUUCCGGGUCCAAGUACGGGAUGGGAGCCGGCAUUACGCUGGCGGACACGCGUCCGGUGGUUUCCAACCUCGCGGUGGACCCUCGAGUGCGGCGGUGCGGCGUCGGCUCGGCCCUCAUGGAGGCGUGCGAAGACCUGGUCAAGACGUGGAGCUUCGACGAGAUUAUCCUGCAGGUUGAGGAAGCCAACGAGGCCGCCCUGGCGUUCUACGGUGGGAAGGGUUUCAAGAAGCUCUUCGUCGACAAGGCCGCUCGCCGGUACGACACGAGCGGCUUCUUGCUGCAGAACGUGCGGACGUCGAAGCUCACCAUGCGCAAGGCGCUGGGCUCGAGCACAAAGCGGAGCAAGUCCGGAGACAGUCUGGCGGACCACGUCUCGCAAUUGUUCGGGUUCCUCUCGAAGCCCUUCGUCGUGCGACCGCCGCCUUCCAAGAGGCUGCCGGCCCGGUCGACCGCCUCCGUCGAAACCCUGUUCGGCCGGCCCGGCGCCGUCGGGAGCGGGAGCGGCGUUCGUCGUCCGAGGUCGGGCGGUAGCGGGAGGCGCGUUACAAGCAGCGGCGGUCGCGUCGGUAGCAGCAGCGGCGGCAUCGGCAGAAGUAGUGGCAGGAGUGAGGCCGCCGCCGGUGGUCACGACACGUCGUUCUCGUCGUCUUCUUCUUCUUCUUCUUCCUCCUCCUCCUCCUCCUCCUCCGCGGGAGAGAUUUCGACCUCGCGCACAAGGUUGCCUCGCACGAUACGGCGGCGGUGACGGCGAGUUCGCUCCUUUUUUCUUCUUUUUUUUGUUUGUUUGAGGGCCGUCAAUCGCCCGUCCUUGUUUUUGUGUACAAAAACCUGUAUUUCCGUUCCGUUCCGCGUGUUCUGUCAAGGAACGUAACGUAUGUUGGGCGGAUGUGCCGUGGUGCCCGCAGGCAUAGAAUCGCUGGUGGUGAUAUGAUGAGGGCAACCACAAGUGUAUGAAUUUCUCGGGGGUGACCUGUUGUUGUGGCCCUCCUUACGCGUACCCAUAAUGCGCCGUGCAGGCCACACACGUGUGGGCAUGCAGCGGCGUCGGGUGCAGCACUGGUUUGGGCUCUGGCCGAUGGUGGCACGGAAGAGCCCCCCGCGGUUUGUUGCAGGGCUUGCGUAUCGGUGUGUCGGGACACUGGCGAUGUGCUAUGCAUACCCCGAGUCCAACCAUAUUGUGUACAGGCUUGAAGCAGAUCGACAGAGUGAGGUGGUUUCCGCUCGUGUCUGAGGAAGAGGCCGCUGUUAUUGUCAGCGAGUGGAAGAAGCGUAGUUGUGUUGUUGGUUUGGGGCGCGAAAGUUGGGGUUGAUUCCGUGUGCAUACGAUGGAUGUGGCUUAAUAGUUGGUCCAGCAAGAAACGCUCCCCGGCCCGGCCGCCUUGGAUGAUUUUGCCGUGUCCCAAGCUGGCGGCUGGAUUUUUUCGUUCACGACCCACAGGCAACUGCUGGUCUCUCUUUCGCGAAUGGGGCGUAGGUUGGGUGCGAAGUAGAGGCUUGCCGCAUGUUUACAAGCAGGCAAGGCAUUGGGAGUGAUCUGAAGGAUGAAACAUGCCUAUGAUGAACUUGACUCUUGUUGUGCACGUGGUUGACGACAUGCAUGUAUUGAGGUCGGACGGUCGUGGGUGUAAGUUUUGGGGGUCAUGUUGUGGCCACGAAAGUACGUGUCUCUGCCUUAGAGAGCAUUGCAACGGGUAGAGAGCAGGACGAUUUUUACGA